AUGGAUUGGGACUCAGGAUCUCUUUAUUCUAUCAUCAGCGCCGACUUCUGGAAGCAGAUAGGAUCUCCUCCGUUAGGCGAUGCACCGCGACUACGAGCUUAUGGAAAUUUAAAACUUAAAUCACUGGGUUUGACAGACGUAACAGUAAAAAUACAGGAUAAAGAAAGGAUUUUGCCAGUAAUAGUUAUGAAGAAAGCUGAUCCUAUGCUCUUUGGUCUACAAUGGAGUGAAAUGUUUGAAAUGGAAUUUCCCAAACCUGUCUAUACAAUACGUACACUACAACAACCUACGACCCUUAAUCAAGUUUUAAAUACGUACAAAACACUAUUCGAUGAUCGUCUUGGCAAAGUAAAGAAUUACGAAGUUAAUAUUCAUAUUAGGCCUGGUACACAGCCAAAACAUCUCCCUCCAAGACCUGUUAAAUUCUCUAUGAAAAGAAAUAUUGAAUCUGAAUUGAAACGACUGGUAGACACUGGAAUAGUAACUGAAGUCGAUCCUAAUAUAACACCCGUUGAAUGGGCAACACCCACAGUUAAUGUCGUAAAGACAAAUGGACAAGUUCGAAUAUGUGGUGAUUAUAGAAGCACUAUUAAUUCCGUUCUUAUAACACAUGCACAUCCAAUACCACUGUUUGAUCAAUUACGACAAAAAUUAGCAGAUGGUGAGAAAUUUACCAAAAUAGAUUUAAAAGAUGCCUAUUUACAGUUUCCAAUUGCAGCUGACUCAAAAAAAUACCUUACCAUUACAACUCAUAAAGGAUAUUUCCAAUAUAAUAGAAUGCCGUUUGGAAUCUCGACAGCUCCAUCUAUAUUUCAACAUUUUCUUGACAAACUACUUGAUAAUAUUCCAAAUGUUGCAGUAUAUUUUGAUGAUAUCGCUAUAACCGGUAAAAAUGAUUUGGAUCACCUUAGAACACUAUCAGUAGUACUUGGAAAGCUGGAACAAGCUGGUCUUAAAGUAAAUUUAAAAAAAUGUACUUUCUUUCAAAAAGAAAUUGAAUACCUUGGACACACUAUAGACAAAAGUGGUAUACGUCCUACGAAAUCAAAAUUAGAAGCUAUUUUGAAAACACCGUCUCCGAGUAACCCACAAGAACUUAGAUCUUUCUUAGGAUUAGUUAAUUUUUACGAACGUUUCAUACCACAUUUACAUAGCAUAUGCGCAGAUUUACAUACCCUAACUGGAAAUCGCCGUAAAUGGCAGUGGACAGAAAAAGAAGAUACAAUAUUUAGUAAAGCAAAAAAAUUAAUCACCCUUUCUAAACCUCUUGCUGCUUUUAAUGAAAAUUUGCCAUUGUUUUUAGCUUGUGAUGCAUCUGAGAAAGGUGUUGGCGCUGUUUUGUAUCAUAAAACCAACGAUACUGUACAACCAAUUGCUUUUGCAUCACGAAAACUUAAACAGGCAGAAGUUAAGUAUUCAGUUAUUGAUAGAGAGGCACUUGCGAUCUUCUUUGGUAUUAAAAAAUUUGAUCAAUAUAUACGCGGCGGGAAAUUUACUUUAGUUACUGAUCAUAAACCUUUAAUACAUUUACUAGGGACUCGGCGUAACUUACCUAAGUUAUGCAACAAUCGACUAGUCCGUUGGGCUCUUUUGAUCGGUAGUUACAACUAUGAUGUCACAUAUACAAAAGGCAAACUGAAUGUCAUGGCUGACUAUCUAUCGCGAAUGCCUAAUCCAUAUGAAAAACCAUCGACUGCUGAAGAAAUAGUUCGCAAAAUAGUGACACGCCACCAAUCAGACAAAUUGCAUGAUCUACCUAUAUCCGAAGAAACUCUCAGAGGCGAAGUAAAAAAAGAUCCUAUUUUGAAAAAGGUCACUGAAUUCCUAAAGACUGGAUGGCGUUUAGAUGGUUUGUCAGAAGACUUGCGGCCAUAUUCACGAAAACGUUGUGAAUUAUCAUUAGAAGAUAAGAUCCUGAUGUGGCAAGGUCGAAUCGUAGUUCCAUAUUCACUAAGAAGAUCUAUAAUGAAAUUCCUUCACAAUGGACAUCCGGGGAUAUCUGCCAUGAAAGCACUGGCCCGUUUUUAUGUGUGGUGGCCGUCAAUCGAUGAUGACCUUGAUAUGUGGGUAAAGAGAUGUUCUAAGUGCCAAGAAAAUCGCCCUAACGUGGCGGAGCUGCCGGUGUACUCGUGGUCUGUGCCUGAUGAGCCAUGGGAGAGAGUUCACGUGGAUUUUGCGGGUCCUUUUGAGGGCAAAUAUUGGUUGGUGCUAUGUGACGCACUUUCCAAAUGGAUCGAAAUUAAACCAAUAUCUACAAUCACAACAAGCAGGCUCUGCAGUGAACUAGAUACUAUUUUUACUUCACUUGGACUUCCACAAAUUAUAGUUUCGGACAAUGGUCCUCAAUUCGCAUCUCAAGAAUUUCAUGAAUACUGCAGAUACAAUGGUAUCAGACACGUUAAGUCUUCACCUUACCAUCCAAGAACGAACGGGUUGGCUGAACGGCUAGUUCGUACUUUCAAAACCAGGAUGUCUGCUAGUAUUAGUGACGGAUUAAGUUUAAAAAAACGUUUGGAAAACUUUCUGUUUACUUACCGUAUUACUCCUCGAAUCGAUACUGGUAAAUCACCAGCAGAAAUACUUUUAGGACGACAACUACGUUGCCUCUUAGACAAUAUUAAACCAAAUCCUAGAAUGUCCCUCCGCUUCAAACAAUUUCAAGCUAACAUUGAACAUGACAAGGAAAUAUAUUUCAAUCCAGGAGAAACUGUUUUUGUAUGCUCUCGAGACAAUAAAUCAUGGAAGCCUGCCACAGUAGCCCGUCGUACACAUCGUUAUUCAUAUUUAAUUAAUACACCUAUUGGGGUAAAGAAAUACCAUGCGGAUCAAAUAAGAAAACGUGUAAUUGAAAGAGAGGAUGUUCCGUUAAAUCAGUCCUGUAAUGCCCAUACCCAAGAUGUCCAGAAUAUGCAACACAAUACACCAAUAUCUCCUCAAAGAGACAGGGAAAUAUCAUUAGAGACUGCUCCUUUAGAGUUUAGAGACCAAAUCGAGACUUUGGCUACUGCGUGUAAUAAUGAAACACCGAAACAUUCGAGUGUAUUAGCACCCAAUUCAAAUGACGUGGGUAGACAUAUUGAAAAACCAGCAGUUGAGGGGUUACGUCGUAGUAAGCGCGAAGUCAAGCCACCAAGACGUCUAAUUACAGAACUGUCAUAA